AGCCGGACCCCUUGGGAAUGAAGAGAAUGGCCAUAUGGACGAAGCUUGCCAGAUCCAAGAACCUGGUGCUGGUGGUCAGCAUCCCGUUGCUUCUUCUUCCUCUCCCUCUGCUUCACCGUAGCAGUGAAUCCUCGUGCGCCUACGUGCUGAUCGUCACCGCCGUGUACUGGGUGUCGGAGGCCGUACCGCUAGGAGCAGCUGCACUGGUCCCGGCCUUCCUCUUCCCCCUGUUUGGGCUGCUCAAAUCUAGCGAGGUAGCUGCGGAGUACAUGAAGAAUACGACGCUACUGCUCAUGGGGGUGAUUUGCGUGGCUGCUUCCGUGGAGAAAUGGAACCUGCAUAAAAGAAUCGCCCUACGGAUGGUGACGCUCUCCGGGGCAAAGCCAGGCAUGUUAUUGCUCUGUUUCAUGUCCUGCACGGCUCUGCUCUCCAUGUGGCUCUCCAAUACGUCCUCCACGGCUAUGGUGAUGCCGAUCGUCGAUGCGGUACUGAAGCAGCUGACAACUCCUGAAGAAGACAACAAGGGAACCAUCGCCAACGGUUCCACCUCCGAGGCUCCUCAGCAGAAAGGCAUCAAUGAGAAGCCAAGCCAGCCUUCGAUUGAGCUGAUCUUCAUCAAUGAGGAGGCCACGGCAAAGGAUCUGAGCAAACUAAUCCAGAGCAAGCAGAACCUUAAUGGCGUCCAUAUGAUUGCCAACCCAAUCACGAUGGUAAAACCAUUGCCCAAUGGCCAACCCAUCCCACAGCAGACACAGAUACUUGUUCUCCCAUCUACCGACCCCAGGGACCUGAACGAUCAAGAAAAAUAUAGAUCGAGGCACGAUCACAUGAUCUGCAAAUGCCUGUCGCUAAGCGUCUCGUAUGCAGCCACCAUUGGCGGCCUGACCACCAUCAUUGGGACCUCCACCAGUCUGAUCUUUCUGGAGCACUUCAAAAACCGCUAUCCAGAAGCCGAGGUGGUGAAUUUCGGCACGUGGUUUGUGUUCAGUCUUCCCAUCACUGUUAUCGUUCUGCUGAUCACCUGGGUCUGGAUGCACUGGCUCUUCCUUGGCUGCAAUUUCAGGGAGACCUGUUCUCUCAGCAAGAAGAAAAAGACCCUGCAGGAGGAACGUUCGGAGAGAAGAAUCCAGGAGGAAUACGAGAAAUUGGGUGAAAUGAGUUACCCAGAGAAGGUCACCGUUAUUUUCUUCAUCUUGAUGACCAUCCUUUGGUUCACGCGUGAGCCGGGAUUCGUACCAGGCUGGGAAUCUUUAUUUGACAAGAAGGGGUUCCGGACGGAUGCCACCGUUUCUGUCUUUCUCGGGUUCCUGUUGUUUCUCUUGCCAUCCAAGAAACCCAAAUUUCUAUGUAAGGGGGAGGGUGACCAAGGACAUGGCAAGCCUGACGAUGGAGGAAAUUACCCAGAUGGCCCAAUGCUGACGUGGCAGGAGUUCCAGAAGCACAUGCCUUGGGAAAUCGUCAUCUUAGUCGGAGGGGGAUACGCUUUGGCUGCGGGGUGUAAGACGUCCGGGCUGUCCAUAUGGAUUGGACGUCAGAUGGAAUGUCUGAGCAGCUUGCCCCCAUGGGCCGUUCCUCUCUUGGCUUGCGUGCUCGUCUCGGCGGUGACGGAAUUUGUCAGUAAUCCAGCUACAGUCACUAUCUUCCUGCCCAUACUGUGCAGCUUGUCUGAAACCCUGCAUAUAAACCCGCUAUACACGUUGCUGCCGGUCACCAUGUGCAUUUCCUUUGCGGUGAUGCUGCCGGUGGGGAACCCUCCGAACGCCAUUGUCUACAAUUAUGGCCAUUGCCAGAUCAGGGAUAUGGUGAAAGCCGGAUUCGGUGUCAACGUGAUUGGCCUGGCUGUGAUUAUGGUUGCGAUUAACACCUGGGGAACCAGCCUCUUCCAACUGGAUUCUUUCCCCAAAUGGGCCACGUUUAGCAACUCGACUACUCACCCGUGAAUGCCACCAAACGGAAAGAGAAGGAGAGACUUAGGGAGCCAAAAAAAAAGUGACUGCCCCCUCGGACCAGGAGAACCUCUCAGACACAGACCAAAGGAACAAAAGGGGGGUUUGUUAUAUUAGAUGUUUAUAUAUUCAGUCUUCCUAUUUAUUUAUCCAGUUAUUAAACGCUUCUCAACCUUG